AUGUCAAGAUGUUUAUUUGAAAAGAUUUCAGAAAUUGAUACUAAUGAAUAUUUAGAAAAUGAUUUAAUGAAUAUAAAUUUUAACUGCAAUAUUUCAAUCGAUAUGAUAGAUAGCAAUCUAAAAAAUAUAUCCAAAACGAUCAUUGAAUUAUUAGGUGAAAGUAUAAAUGUUCUCAAUGUCAAUCUCUUGCAAAGAGAUCUAGGAAACAUGAAAUUAUUGAAAAACAAAGAGAUUGAAUACCAAUUGAACGAUUUAAUUGUAAUGGAUUCAAUAAAUGAUAGUGAUAAUAAUCAACUAUUUCAAGAUUAUAAAUCAACACUAUGUGAAGCAUUGAGAAUUGUGGAAGAACAAGAAAAUAUUGGUAAUAAACGAUGGGCACAAGCAGUUCAGACAAGUUUUAAGGGUAUUGAAAAUUUAGUAACUGAUAUUAAUGAAUAUAGAAGAAAAAUUACAAAUCUGCGUACUUGGAAAGAUCAUAAUAAACAUACAAUGUUUUUAGAAUACCCAAUAGUGCGUCUGGCGGGUGAUGAGUGCGUCUCGGUAGAUGUACGAGAUGGAGAAAAUGUCCGGCCUUUUGCUAGCCCAAUAGUGCGUCUGGCGGGUGAUGAGUGCGUCUCGCAACUGGCUGAUAUGACUCCUAUUGCAAUUAUGCAAACUUCCAGCGAUGAAUCAGCAACUAAAAAAUCAAGAAACAAUAGGCAGCAAUUAAAAUUUCGUAACUCAAUGUUUAUCAUCUAUGGAUGGAAAUUCUCGAGUAGAGCCAUCGUCAAAAAUCUGCCUAAUAGGACGUUGGUAUCUAUUACUAUUCUUGGACUUGAAACUGUUUACCUUAUUGAAGAAAAAUGA